CGAAUAACUGAAUGUCGAAUUUGUGAUCACGAAGCUUGCUCUGGCAUUCCAAUCUUCGAGAAGGAAGAAAUUGGCAAGCCAACUGAUUCAAAUCGAACAAGAAUUUUGCAGUCGGCAUACAUUAGCGUUAUCCGCAUUGAAGUAAUCGUUAAAAUCCACUGUUUCCGUCCUUUUUCAUUGUUCAAUCUCCGCGAAGAACAGAGCAGAGCGGAAAUAAUCAGAAUCUGUCUUCUGGACGAUCGGAAAUAUCCAGUUUCACUCCCAACUUGCGAAGGCGAUCGUUCUUCCUCUCUCUCAUUCCAUCUGUAUCGAAUUCUGAUUCGGAGAUGUGCUUCCAAUUCCGUUCAUGGGUAUCGAUCCCUCGCCACUAGCUACACUUAAUUUCAGAUUUAUUACCUUCGAUUGCGAUGAAUUCCUUUGAUUCUGAACUUGGUAGAGUUUCUGCUGUGAUUCUCGAUCUCGAUGGAACCCUUUUGGACACUGAGAGGGCGACAAAAGACGUGUUGAAGGAUUUCUUGGUAAAAUAUGGGAAGGAUUUGGAUAAAAAGAGGGAAGAGGAGAAGAGAUUGGGAGUGACCCAGAAAGAAUCAGCGGCUGCAAUCGUUCGGGACUAUGGCCUUCCAUUGACGCCAGACCAAUUUAUUCAAGAAAUUACUCCCAUGUACAGGGAAAAAUGGCCCUCUGUCAAAGCACUUCCUGGUGCUGAUCGUCUUAUCAAACAUCUUUACUCUCACAAGGUGCCAUUUGCGCUCGCUUCAAAUUCAUCAAAUGAAUAUAUCUACGCAAAAAUUGCAAGUCUAAACGGUUGGAAGGAUUGGUUUUCUGUGAUUCUUGGUAGUGACCAGGUUAUUCAAGGGAAACCUGCUCCUUAUCUAUUUGAAGAGGCAGCGAAGAGGAUGGGCGUAGAUGCUUCUCAUUGUUUGGUCAUUGAAGAUUCCUUGGUUGGUGUCAAAGCUGCCAAGGCUGCCAAGAUGAAGGUUGUAGCUGUCCCAUCCCAUGGAGAAGUUGAAUGCUCUUCCCUAGCAGAUAAAGUGCUUCAUUCUUUACUGGAAUUUCAGCCUGAGAUGUGGGGUCUUCCCCCAUUUGAAGACUGGGUAGAUAGGACCUUACCGAUUGAUCCAAUACAUCUGAGCUCUCAAUAUGUUAAUGGGUCCAUAAGUGAAAUCUCAGGAUCUUGCAACCAUGGAUGCGAGAGAGAUUGAAGAGUUCAAGUACAUAGCGAACACUUUGCUCGACCGACCCAUGUUUGUCAACGGUUCUUGCACAUCUCUUACUGCAGAAGCAACUUCAGCAUAGAAAGAGAACGAAAAAAAUUAGAAUAAGAAGCUUUCUUGGAUAAACUUGAAAGUUGGAUCAAAAUGGAUGGAUGUGAGUAUCCAUGAGA